GACAAGAGAAGAAGAGCGAGAGAGGAGAGAGAAGACGGAGAAGAGAGACAUUGAACUCUGGGAGUUUCCUGUGAGACAAGGCCUCUCCCACCAUGGUGGACUUGUUCCUGGGCAGGGUUCUAGUGAAGAACAACCGUGAUCGAGACGAGCUGGACACGGAGAAAGAGAUCGUGCUGCGCCUGCAGAACCGCAUCCUGCUGCUGUUCUUCGGAUCUGCAGACUGCGAGCGCUGCCAGGAGUUUGCCCCCACACUGAAGAACUUCUUCAAGCGCCUGACAGACGAGUUCUACGUGGAACGCUCGGCCCAGCUGGUCCUCCUUUACAUCAGCCUCGACCAAUCAGAAGAGCAGCUGGACAGCUUCCUCAAAGAGCUUCCCAAGCGCUGCCUGUUCCUGGCCUACGAGGAUCCCUACAGGAGGGAGCUGGAGUCCAUGUUCGAGGUGGAGGACUUCCCCAGGGUGGUGGUGCUACGCCCCGACUCCUCCGUCCUCUCAUCCAACGCCGUCCAGGAGAUCUGCAGCCUGGGCACGGACUGCUUCCGCAACUGGCAGGAAGGGGCGGAGCUUAUCGACAGGAACUUCCUGAUCAACGAGGAGUUUGACGAGACCAAGAUGCGCAGCAUGACCGACCCCCUGCGGAGGAUCAAGUACAAGGUGGAGGACAAGAAGAAGAAGAAGAAGAAGAGAGGGUGGGGAGGGGGGGGAGAGGAGGAAGAGGAGGGAGGGGGGAAUGUGGGAGGGGAGGGAGGAGAGGGAGGAGGAGGAGGGGCUUGGGGGUGAAGAUGUUUGAAGGACACAAGGACAAAAAGAGAGGGCGGAGUUUUAACUUCAGUAGGAUUGAGUCAAUCAUCUGAAUACUCUCUAGUGAUUGGUUGGUGUCCAUCUUGUCUGGUCCUUGAUUGGCUGAUUGUAACAUCCUUCAAUGAAUGCAUGGUUGCUGAGACCAUGGAUAGAGGUUCAUCUUGUAGCGUGAUUUUGGCUAGCUAACCUGCUAGCAGCCAACUGCAGCUAGCGCACACAACUGUGCUGGGAUAACAAGUGCAAGAUCCUGCUUUAGAAAGGCCAAUUGUAAUGGUGUGGGUAGUUGGCAAGGGGCUAACAAGCUAGCUAACAAUCUAACUAAUCUGAGUGAUUGGUUUAAAAUGGCUGAAAAAGGUCAUGCUAACCACACCUUAGCAUUUUCUAACCAGAAGGCUAUGGACAAAAUCUGUUAGUUGUCAAGAAGUAAUCCCAAAUUGAGGAGUAGGGUGCAACAUCGUUUUUCUUUUUCAUGAAGUCUGUACUACCUGUUUUGGCCGAUUUAGGCCGGUAAAUGUAAAUACCAUUAAGUAACGAUUUAUGGAUGACAUGUAGCCUAACUGUGACAUAAUCAAACAAAACCACACAUUUUCUCAUUUAUAUUCCUUUAUAUGAUUAUUUUUUUCAUGAUUUCACGUCAUUCUAAUAUUUAUCUCUCUAGUGGCGGAUAUUUUCUGACCUCUGUUUCAAGGUAAUGUAAAGUAAAUUACACAAAUACAUGUCAAGUAAAUAAAGUAACUCGACAAGUGAGUCUCACAGACUACCUAUCUCGACACGGACCCACCAUGUCGACAUCGAGUGACUUGAUAUCUAUCUAUAAUUCCAGGAAUCUCUGUCUCUGUAAGUAGUUGUGGCACGAUUACCUCGACUACCGGGAACUGUAUGAAAGGUUAGCCAAGCACAUUGUUCCAUUAUGCAACAUGUAUGUAAGGAGAUGUUGCAGCCGGGAUGGUUGCAGACCGACUCGGCUUUCAUUUAUUGUCAAACAUUUUUUCAGGAAAGUAUUUGUCUUCGGCGCUCAAUUCUCACUAUUAUAACGAUGUCCAUCCAUCCAUCCAUAACAUUGGAGACUGUAAUUUGUGUAAUUUCCAAAAUAAACAGACACAAGAAAAUAGCAACUGACAGCAUUUU